AUGCGUAAAAAGCAAAAACUACUGCCGGGGGUGUCGGACAUCACCGUUGUAAUCCUCUUAGCUAGACUAGUGUUAGUGUUAGGUCAGACCACCUGCAAUAAUGGGCUCGGACGGGUACUGUACGAACGACUGCCCAACCAGCAACUGCAGGGUUUCGACGACGAUGUGGUCCGCGACUCGGCACCACCGUUCCGUGUGCUGGAAAAGUGUCAAGAUCUGUGCCUGCGAGAUCGUACGGCGUCCACUAAUUUGGGCCGCGCUUGUACCAGUUUCGACUUCCAGCCGGGCAAUCGAAUUGCUUCGUUCAGCGGUGGACCCGAGUACGAGGAAUCCACCUGCUAUCUGACGCGGGAGCAGGCCGCUCCCGAGGGGAUCGGCAAUCUGAUGCUGGUGCCGAACAGUGUUCAUUUCACCGAAGUGUGUCUGACCUCUAGUAGACCCGACCGGGAGUGUCCCAGUCGACGGUACGUUUUCGAAAGACACCCACGAAAGAAGCUAAAACUGCCAGUCUCCGAUAUCAAGGAGGUAACAGCUGCCAACCGCUCGGACUGCGAGGACAAAUGUCUCAACGAGUUCUCGUUUGUAUGCCGAUCGGCAAACUACGACUCCACGCUGCGAAGCUGCUCGAUGAGCCGUUUCACGCGACGCACUCAUCCGGAGCUGCUGGAAGAUGAUCCCAAUUCGGAUUAUUUGGAAAAUACCUGCCUUAAUGCGGAACGACGCUGUGAUGGGCUGGUCGUUUACGUUAAGGAAGAGAACAAACGUCUCGGGGGACCCUUCGAAGUGGAGAUCUUUAACAAUAUGACCCUGGAAGAAUGCCAAUCGUUGUGUCUGCGAGCUGAAAAAUAUUUUUGCCGCUCAAUCGAGUUCGACGAUCAGUCGAAACAAUGUAUACUUUCGGAGGAGGAUUCCGUGUCGCAAAAAGAUGAUCUCAGUAUCAGUUCUAGUCCUACUCAUCACUUCUACGAUUUAGUGUGCCUGGACAACCAGCGCGGAACAGACUAUCCGGAUAAUUCCGUAACAUCACACUUGUUCGCAAGCGGCCGUCGACCAGAUACCGCCUUCCAGCGCUAUCGUAACUCUAGGUUAGGUGGAGAGUUCCAUUCGGAAAUUACGGGCAGGUCGUUGAGUGAGUGUCUGGACGAGUGCCUUCGGCAGACCAGCUUCCAGUGCCGGUCGGCCGUCUAUAGCGAUCGCUUUCGAACCUGCCGUCUCAGUCGAUACAACCAGCGGGACGGAAUGCGCAUCAUCUACGAUGCGGAUUACGAUUACUAUGAGAAUCUUAUGCCACAUUUAGUGGGCGGCGACUCGGACACGACCAACGGUAGACCGGAUCCGACGGACUGGAGGCCGCCGUAUGGAGAUCGCGACCGUGAUAGGAUCCCAGAUGAUCGACUUCCUGGACGUUAUCCACCUGGCGACCGUUUUCCACCAGGACAUAGACCAGAUUUUGGAGGUGCCUAUCCGUCAACGGACAGGUAUCCCGGGCCAACUGAUCGCUACCCGAUGGGUCCUGGCACAGACCGCUAUCCACCGGAUUACGACAGUAGAUACCCACCGGUGUAUGAUAACCGGUUUCCGGGAGACCGUUACGGACCAACAGAUCGGUAUCCGGAUCGUGAACCUGAAAUGUACCCUGUCGGUCAUCCUAUGCGCUAUCCUCCUCCUCCGGAUUCUAGAUAUCCCACUGAUCCCAGGCUACCACCCACACCCGAUACCCGCUAUCCUCCGUUCGAUUCACGCUAUCCUCCAGACUCCAGAUAUCCGCCGGAUUCCCGAUAUCCUACGGACUCCCGUUACCCGCCUGAUUCCCGAUAUCCAACCGAUUCUCGCUAUCCAGUAGACUCCCGAUAUCCAUCCCAUCAGAUGCCAACUCCUGAUUCCAGAUACCCACCGCAAGUUCGUCCAGACUCUAGAUACCCAACUGGUCCUCAGCCUUUACCAGACUCACGCUAUCCGGUUGCUCCUCCGGCAACACGCUAUCCACCGCCCCAGUACAUGCCUCACAUGUACCCAGACUAUCAGUCCGGUUAUCCACCUCCUCCUCGAACACCUCCCAACCGUGGCUACACCACCGAUCGAUAUCCCGCUCCGUUGAUGCCUGUCGAAAGCAAUCGCUAUCCGGCCCCUGAAACGCGCUAUCCGAUGGAACCGAUUCCGGCACAGGGUCGUUACCCGACAUCACCAAACGUGUCACCAUUCCACAAGUAUAUGAACCGCCGUCCGGGUUAUGAUCCGUACAUGCCCGCGUAUGGCCCCGAUCGAGGCUACAUAGACGACCGCUACAGUCCAUACUAUCCGCCAUCCGGAGCGGGUCGUAUUCCCCCGCCAAUGCACCUACCUGCUUUCCCCGAUCGUGAUCGUGGCUAUCGCCGUCCAGGAAUGCCCCAAGAUGGUGGAGGGUACCCGUUUGAGGUACCUUACGGUCCAUCCAGUUCCGGCUAUGACAACACACUCGGCGGCGGCGAUGGCUUCGGAGGCUUCGGCCCCCAGCGACCGUACGAAACGCGCUGUGACGGAUCGGAUAGUUUCAAGCAGAUGGCAUCGAAGCGGAAGAUGCGUAAACAGUACAUCCGCCGGGUGAUCAGUGCUCCCUCGUUGAGUAUCUGUCAGCAGGAAUGUGCCGGUGCGAGGGAUUUCAUGUGCCGGAGCUUCAACUACCGGGAUGCCGCGCCGUACGAAACGGACGGCAACUGCGAACUGAGUGAUCGUGAUUCGCGGGAUUUGGACAUUCCAAGCAGUCAGAUGUUUGAGUCCGAUAGUUCGGAUUACUAUGAACGAUCGGCCGGUAGGGCGGGCGGGCAUGAUGAGUGUUUGGAUGUUGCACAGCUUUGCAAUGAAGAUGGUAUGGAGUUUACCUUGAGAACUCCUGAAGGAUUCGUUGGAAGAAUAUAUGCCUAUGGAUUCUAUGAUCGAUGCUUCUUCCGUGGCAAUGGCGGAACUGUGAAUGUUCUGAGGAUAAGUGGACCGCAAGGCUAUCCGGAGUGUGGUACUCAAAGGUACGGAGAUACGAUGACCAACAUCAUUGUGGUUCAGUUCUCGGAUAACGUACAAACGGGUAGAGAUAAACGAUUCAACCUGACGUGUAUGUUCCGUGGACCUGGCGAAGCGGUUGUCACAUCAGGCUACAUCGGAGCCGGUUUUAAUGAAAUCGACAGAUCCGGUAGUCCAAUUCCGAUAGAAUAUCUUCCGGCCGAGAACUCGAUGAGCAACAAGGUGCGUCUGAUGAUCCUCUACCAAGGACGACCAACCACGACGAUCGCCGUUGGCGAUCCCUUAACGUUCCGCUUGGAAUCUCAGGAUGGUUACAGUCACGCAACGGAUAUCUUUGCCACAAAUGUUGUAGCUCGCGAUCCUUACUCCGGAAGAAGUGUUCAGUUGAUCGAUAACUAUGGAUGUCCAGUUGAUAAUCUAGUCUUCCCAGAACUGGGAAGAUCCCGCGAUAACGACGCACUAGAGGCCAGAUUUAAUGCCUUCAAGAUACCGGAAUCGAACUUCCUGGUAUUCGAAGCAACUGUACGGACAUGUCGAGGAGGUUGUCAACCGGCCUAUUGUCCAGGACCCAGCGGUCGCUCGGAACCCUCAUUUGGUCGCCGGAAGCGAUCUGCACCAGACGAUCCCUCGGAAUUCGAUGGCACAGCUGAACCAUUGAUCGGACGCAGCCUAGACGAUGAAGAGGAAGUUUCCAUAGUUAACGGAACAGUUGUGAACGAUAGUUUUGUCAACAAUAGCACCACAACAGAGGAGGUAGACCAUAGUUCCAAUGAUCUAGAUGCAAGUUCUAGCGAUAUGCCGGAACAAGUUCGAGAGAUGAUUGAGUCUCGGACUUUUCAUCCACUGCAGGUAUUCCAGUCCCGUGAGGAGAUGCAGCAGGAUACGGUGGCUAGGAAGUUCGUAGCCCCUCAGGAGACCGUUUGUUUGACCCAUCCGGAAUACUACAGUCUCCUAAGUGCCCUAAUCCUGCUAAUGAUCUUGCUAGUUGGCAUCACGUUUGCGUCGGGUCUAGCCUACCGUCAUUACUGGAGGUCCUUCAUGAAGAAUCGCUCCCUGGACCGCACGUCACCGGUGAACUCGUUCACUCCAUCGGCUCUUCAUAACGUUUCUAGCAGUCAGUUUCAUGCUUCCGGUCGAACCAAUUCUACUUCCUCCCGAGGAGACGGACAUGUUCGUUCAGCCGGACUGUCCCUCUUUGGAAACGGUCUUCAAAAGACAUUCGCUACAGGAAACCUGUCACGGAUGUGUCAAAUUCCGGUGAUGAAUCCAAUCUCCAGAGGCAACAACAAAAGUGAAUUCGAUGACCCCAGCGAACCGAUCUACACGGAUCCUUCGCUCUUCGAGAGAUCCAGAUCACUGCGCAGUAUCGCGGUUGACCAAACCGAUGCCAACAAUGAUUAA